AAUCGCCGCUCGUCACAACUGUCGCUGCAUAUUCACGUGGAUAUCUCGUUCAACCAAAGUUCCAGCAAAACGAAACGGGCAACGCACGCUCCUGAGGGUGAUUUACAAGUGAAUGUGCUGCAUUGAUAGACAAGCCUUUCACUCCUGCGGCAGAAUAUCUGGUUUAAAACUCGGGUUUUGCUGCUCAUCGCUUCACUUCGCUCACAUGCAGGAGAGACCUGACAAGUGCUUGCGUCGUCUGAAUUGAGGAUUUAACAGAAUUACUUGUGGGGUUACAAAGUUUGAGGACAACAUGCCUCAAACUCCACCUUUCACGGGAAUGUUCGGCAGCAAUGGUUACAACAAGAACCUGUUCCAGACCAAGGAGGAGGGCUGCGGGGGGCUAUAUUACCAUGACAACACCCUGGUGUCGGGGUCACUAGACGCCCUCAUCAACCACCUGGUCCCCACCCUGGACUACUAUCCGGAUAGGACGUACAUCUUCACCUUCCUGUUGAGCUCUCGUCUCUUCAUCCACCCCUACGAGCUCAUGUCCAAGGUGUGUCACCUGUGUGUGGAGCACCAGCGCCUGAGCGACCCGCAGGCAGACAAGAUGAGGACCAGGAAGAUCGCCCCCAAGAUCCUCCAGCUGCUAACUGAAUGGACGGACACCUUCGCCUACGACUUCCGGGACGAGAGGAUGAUGAGGAGCCUGAAGGAGCUCACCCACCGUCUAGCCAGUGGAGACGAGCUGUACAGGAAGGCGGUGCAGCAGAUGACCCAGGCUCUGAUCAGGAAGCUGACGGUGCUGAGCCAGUACGAGGAGGCGCUGGGGAAGAUCAGUGCCACGGCGGCGGAGCGUCUGACGGUGCUGAAGGCCAAACCCCAGGCCGUGCAGAGGGACUUGCUGGCCACGUGCAGCGACCCCUUCACUGUAGCCCAGCAACUCACUCACAUAGAGCUGGAGAGACUGAGUUACAUCGGACCUGAGGAAUUUGUCCAGGCCUUCGUCCAGAAAGACCCUCUGGACAACGAUAAGAGCUGCUACAGCGAUCACAAGAAGGCUAGUAACCUUGAAGCGUAUGUGGAGUGGUUCAACAGACUCAGCUACCUGGUCGCCACGGAGAUCUGCAUGCCUGUGAAGAAGAAACACAGAGCCAGAGUGAUGGAGUUCUUCAUCGACGUGGCGCGGGAGUGCUUCAACAUCGGAAACUUCAACUCCCUCAUGGCCAUCAUCUCUGGGAUGAACAUGAGUCCUGUGUCUCGACUGAAGAAAACCUGGAGCAAAGUCAAGACGGCCAAGUUUGAUAUUUUGGAGCAUCAGAUGGAUCCUUCCAGCAACUUCUACAACUACAGGACGGCCCUGAGAGGAGCCACUCAGAGAUCCAUCACAGCCAACAGCAGCAGAGAGAAGAUUGUCAUCCCGUUCUUCAGCCUUUUCAUCAAAGACAUCUAUUUCCUCAACGAAGGGUGUGCCAACAGGCUACAGAGCGGACAUGUCAAUUUCAAGAAAUUCUGGGAGCUGGCCAAGCAGGUGAGCGACUUCAUGACAUGGAAGAAGGUGGAGUGUCCGUUUGAGAAGGACCGCAGGGUCCUGCAGUACCUGCUGACGGCCCCCGUGUUCACAGAGGAUGCGCUGUACGUGGCGUCUUACGAGAGCGAGGGUCCUGAGAACACCAUGGAGAAGGACCGCUGGAAGAGCCUGAGAUCCACUCUGCUGAGUAGAGUUUAAAUUUCUGCAGGAGCCGCAAGUGCGCCCUUGUACGAACAAGCCACGCUCCCAGUGUUGGUGUCCAAAUAAGAGUUUCCCGCCUUUGGGAGGGAAACGGACAAUCUGUACUUCUCCAGAGAGAGGGCGUGUGUCCUCCAGAGCUGGAUUUCUAAGACUCGCUCUACUUUCUUUUACUCUUUUUGCUGUACAUUUCAGGAUGGCAAAACAAGCGCUUUUUCAUCUCUUUGUAUGACUUUAUAGUCUUUUUUUAAAGAGGAAAAAAAAACAUUGUGACCGUCGAUGUAACCGAAGAAGAUGCUUCUGCUGUCAGUGUCACCGAACACCAGUUUGGCGGUUGACGCUGGUGAUGCAAACGGUGUCUGACGUUUUCAAAAAACAUUAUGGUUUUACUGUUUAGUUUGGCUAGGAGUUUGCUGCUGGUUGGCGAACUCUUUCUUACAGGUAGAACAAACUGGUCUCUGUGACAAAAGCCAGCAUUUUGUGUAUCGGGAACUCUUGUUAAACCUAAACAGCUACGUUCAUAUCGAAAUAUUAAGCUAACAUUAUUUGUAGAUUUGUUUUGUCUUUGUUUUUUUCUAUGUUUAUGAUGCAAGUGUUUUUCCUAUGUUGUCGACCACCAUUUUUUUCUGAAGAGUUUUUGCAAAAUAUUUUGUGCAGAAUGCACUAAGUGCAUUCGAUUAAAAAAAAGAUGUAAUUUCUGUUUGUCGUCUAAAGAUUCGUAAUUCUCUGAAAGCAGGAACACUCACUUAAUGUCCCUUAUCUAUGGGACUCUCAACCGUGAUUCCAAGUUAAGGUGUUGGGAUGAUGUGGCCCAUUUUUCUGAUAAUCACUGUUAGAACACAUCUUCUUGACCUGACAGUAGGACUGAAAUGCAGUGUGGUCGUACUGCCCCCUUGUGGGUAAUAUUUGUAAGGCGUGAAUGGGGAAAACGAGUAGAUUGAAUGUGCAUAUUAGUGAGUAGUGUUAGGAGUUGAGAUUUUUCAAUGCUGGAUAAAACUACACACAUUAGUCUGAUGUAUAUUCCUAUUGUUAUGAUUAUUAUUUACACCGUAUUUGUUUUAUUUAUGAUUCUCUUUGUUCUUUUUUUCCAUUAUGCUGAUAAUAUUCUAUUAUUAUGUGUUCUUAUUUAAGUUUGUACUAGGUACAUAACAUACUUAAGUAGUCAUCAGAUAUCAAUUUAACAAAUAUUUUUAUAAAGUUUUUAUGAAACACGAUUUUCAGGGUACUAGCUCACACUAUGAAGUUAAACACAUUGACUGAUGUCUAGCUUGCCUUGUUCCAAAUUUCUUUCCCCACUCAGAAUGAUGUUGUGGUUUACUGUGUAAAUAUUAUUUUCCUGUUUUUGUGUUUUGAUUGUUAAGAUGGGCAGAGGAACCAUUCAUAACUGCAUUAUUUGUGUUAAGAGUAAGUGAAGUCAAUAAAAGAAUGCAUAAGGUGA